UUGAUUUACAAUCGAUAGUGUUGUUAGAAUUUCAUUGUUUGUUUUGGGUUUUGACAUCCAAUUUAACUCAUCGUGUACAGCCCUAGAAAUCAUCAUCACCAAUUUAUAAAGCAGAGUUAUUAAACUGAUGGUUACACCACCCCACCAGAUAGAGUUUACAGUUUAGUACCUACUAACUAGAGUAAGUGGGCGGUUCAAUUCGUCAAACUCUUCCACAAGCAGUUUUGCAGCAGAGGAUGUGGGUGAAGACGAGUCGACUGUUAUAUCGGAAAACGAAAAUAAAGCUCUUCACUUUGUUCAGGGGCGUUUCUUGCGAUUGAAAUAGAGCAUUCAAGGAAAAUGGUGGACUCGACUGUGGAUUACGUUCAGAUCAAGGCAUCGAAUUCCGAGUUAGAUAAAAGAAUUACUGCAUUUAUGGAACGGAAACGAGCAGAGUCGGACGUAUUUAACGUUCAAGAGUUCUGCCACCGAUUGCCGUUGAACGAAUCGGAAAAUUCGUGUGCUCGCACAGAAGCUGUGCUUAUAAGCAGAAAAGGUAGCAAAAGUCAUCUUAAAGUGUCAAGAUGCGUCAAUAUGUGGGGACCGCAAACACACUCUGAAGUUCCUGCUCCUUCUUCAGCAAAUACCCAAUUGAUCCCGAGUCCUGCUAUCCAAGAACGCUUACAAAAUAUGGAAAAACACUUGGGUCUGAACACAAAAGUACAACCUAUUCCAAUGGAUGUGUACGAACGCUUAAAAACACUCGAAGAUAAAAUCCAUUAUUUGGAAAGCGUUAGUCCUGAAUAUUUCGACGGACCGUUUAAACUUCAGGACAAUAAAGAUGAUGAAAAUAUGAUGUCUAAAAUUGAACAAAAGAUGGAAGAAUUACGUAGAAAGCUGGUGUAGUAUUGCAAGUCCUUUCUGAUUGUUGAACUACUGAUCCAUCGAAACUUGAAAUACAAUGUAUUCCUCAUUUA